AUACCUUCUCUGCUUUUGUGGCUCCAUUGACGGAUAUUUCUUGUUACCUACUCCCCUUUUAUAGCUUCUCCACAUUAUAUACACACCCAAAACCCUCCUUUCUCUAGUAAUACUCUCCGAGAUUGUUUUGCUUUUGUUUUCUCGUCUAUGGAGAAAAACCGAAUCUGUAAGAUCUGCAACAGACGUUUUGCUAAUGGAAAAGCCAUGGGAGGACACAUGAGAUCUCACUUAGCUAAACUCCCUCUUCCUCCAAAACCGAUCAUAAAAGUCCAGUAUCCAUCUCCAAUAAAAUCACUAUCACCGUCACCGUCAUCCUCUUCUUCUCUUAACUAUUCUUUUACUAAAAACCCUAUACAAUCUUAUCGAUCUAUUAACCACGAGCUUCCUUUCAUGUCAUCAAAUCCCGCUGCUGCUAGUAAUGACGAUGGAGAAAGUGAGACAGAUUCACCAAAGAAUAACCCAACUCGGAGAAGAUCAAAACGACGCCGCAAAUCCAUAGAGAAAGUAGCUGAGUCAUCCCCUGAACAGGUAAGUUCUAUAUCUGAUAUUUUCAAUAAUGAAGAAGAUGUUGCUUUGUGUCUUCUAAUGCUUUCCAAGGAUAAGCGGAUACCGAUAAAGCAAGUGUACGAGUAUAUGGAAGAAGUUGAGUCUGAAAAUGAAGAGGAAGAAGACGAUGAGUCUUUUGAUGCGAUUCCUAUGCGAUCCAAAGGGAAGUAUAAGUGCAAAACAUGCAAGAAAGAGUUUCGAUCUUAUCAAGCUUUAGGCGGACAUAAGGCGAGUCAUAAGAAGAUCAAAACUCAUGUAAAAGUGGAACACGAAGAAGGCAGUGGAAGUGGAAGUGGUGUUGGUGGCAAUUGUGUUACAGUUGUUGAUCAUAAGAUGUUCAAGUGUCCAUUCUGUGAUAAAAUGUUUGAUUCUGGACAGGCACUUGGUGGGCACAAAAAGGUGCACUUUUCUUACUUAGGCAAUGCUAAAAUGUCAGCAAAAUCUAGUCAUGAUCUGUUAGAUCUCAAUUUACCGGCUCCUGAAGAUGAUGGUGAAGUAAGUCAAGCUGAGGAUUCAACCAUCUGCAAUGCAAAGGCUUAUCAUCUAAGAAAUUGAAAUAGGAAUGGCAAAGUGAGGUUUGAUACUUAAAUUUAGUUCUAAGUAAGUGAACACACCUUUGAAAGGUGUUUUAUUGGUUUUUUUCUUUUUUCUGUUCAUAUUAACUUAUUUUUAGGUCACUCACAAUUUGACAAAAUGCAUUUAUCGAAAUUUGAAGAAUUCUCUUUUAUCUUGUUA